CCGUUUGGUUCUAACACUUUAUUCAGUGUGCAACGUUCUACCGUUAAACAUAGUGGUCGCGAGUUCUCAGGUUCGGUUCCGUAUUGUUCUAUUCGAUCGCGCAUCGCGAGGGCAGUCACCUACCGUCGCUACAGGAGUUGGACCUUUUUCGGUACCGAAAAAAAAAGCUCAAACAUCCCAAUGAAGGUCGUGGUCAGUGGAACAGCUGUAACGCUGUUGAUAGUGCUGUCGACAAGCUUGGCUGCGCAAUUUCCCUCGGAUUACACGCUGUGUCCCAAAGACGACCAGAAAUGCAUUGUUGAGCGAAUAGGCACAACGUUCACCAAACAUUCCGUCGGUAUCCCUGGAAUUGAUCUCGUCUCGUUGGAUCCGCUGAAGAUCCAAAAGAUGGACAUCGUUCAGGGCGGUAACGGACCGAUCAACAUUGUGCUCAAUUUCAAAAAUGUAGACCUAACGGGACUUUCGCAGAGUGUCGUUAAGAAAGCCAAUGGCUUCACCGCCAACCCGACCAAGAUGGAGCUCGGAAUUUUGGCGCCGUUUACGACCCUGAUCGGUGCAUACAAAAUCAACGGCAAGGUGUUGAUUUUGCCUAUCCAAGGAGAAGGAAGGAGUAACAUGACCAUGGAGAACAUCCACAUCCAGUUGAAGUGGACCGGUAAACUCGUCGAUCGGGAAGGCAAAAAGUUUUAUCAGCUGGACAAACUGAAGGCCACCUUUGACACGACCCGAUUCCAUAUGCACUUCUCCAAUCUGUUCAACGGAGAUAAGGCCCUCGGAGAUAACAUGAACGUUUUUCUGAACGAAAACUGGCAGGAUAUUCUGAAGGAACUGAAACCAGCCAUCAUCGAUGCAUUCGUUAAAAUCUUCCAGUCGGUGAUAUCCGGCGUAUUCAACAAGGUUCCGUAUGACGAGCUGUUCCAGUGAUUUACGGAUUGUAUGGAAUAUAGUGAUACCUAAGUAACAUUUCCGGUUUUAUGAAGGUUUUGUAAUAUAUUUAUUCUGUAUCAGAUUUAUAUAUGAGUACUACAAGAGAUUCAUAAUUCUAGUAAUGUUUCUUAGGUAGGGUUAUGUGAAAAAGUAUGAUGUGUUUCUGAGUGAUCAUGAGCAAUGAAUGUUUUGUGAGCUGUUAAUUAUACGCAAUUAUUGAAA